UCUAUAUAUUUUAUAGACACAUCCUCAUGAGUAGCACUCACUCCACUCACCCAAAGUGUACUAAGAUGAGAAACCAAUUAUUCUACGCCAACCUUCUAUGCGCUUUCUAUCUCUCAUGUCACUAUGUUGCUGUUGCUCAGACUGAAAAUUCCGGUCUGCCACUCAAAGCUGUGAAUCUUGGAAAUUGGCUCGUUAUUGAAGGGUGGAUGAAACCUUCUCUCUUUGAUGGAAUACCCAACAAAGAUCUUUUGGAUGGAACUCAAGUGCAGUUCAUGUCUACCAAGUUGCAGAAGUAUCUCUGUGCAGAAAAUGGGGGUGGAAGUAUUGUUGUUGCCAACCGCACCAAGGCUUCGGGUUGGGAAACUUUCAGGUUGUGGAGGGUCAAUGAAACGGCCUUCAAUUUUAGAGUUUCUAAUAAGCAAUUUGUGAGCUUAAAUCAAGAUGGAGGAAAUAAAUUAGUGGCUGAUUCAGAUUCACCAAGUGACAUGGAAACUUUUCAGAUAGUGAGGAAUGAUGACAGCCCAAACAGGGUUCGUAUCAGAGCACCUAAUGGUCAGCUUCUACAGGCCAUAUCGGAGACUGUAGUGCUUGCAAAUUAUGAAGGGUCAAGUUGGGAGGAUAGUGACCCUUCUGUCUUCAAAAUGAAUGUUUUGACUGACAAUGUUUUAAGAGGAGAAUACCAAAUUACAAAUGGUUAUGGCCCCGAUAGAGCUCCCAAAAUCAUGCGGGAACACUGGAAUUCGUAUAUCACUGAAGAAGAUUUCAAAUUCAUGUCAGAAAAUGGGUUAAAUGCUGUCAGAAUUCCGGUUGGGUGGUGGAUAGCUCAAGACCCAACACCACCAAAACCAUUUGUUGGAGGGUCAUUAGAAAAACUAGACAAUGCCUUCACAUGGGCACAGAAGUAUGGAAUUAAGGUAAUUGUGGACCUGCAUGCUCUUCCAGGUUCACAAAAUGGAAGACCUCACAGUGCCUCAAGAGAUGGAUAUCGAGAAUGGGGAGAUUCAUACAUACCUGAUAGUGUGGCAACCAUAGACUUCCUAGCUAAAAGAUAUGCUGACAGAGAAAAUCUAGUUGCAAUAGAGCUGAUGAAUGAGCCUCAAGGGGUCAAUCUAGAAAGCCUUAAAAGCUACUAUCAAGCAGGUUAUGAUGCGGUACGGAAACACACGUCGAGCGCCUAUGUGAUCAUGUCUAACCCUCUUGAUAGAGAUUCAAAAGUGCUUCUGUCCUUUGCCGGAGCGUUCAGUGGAGUAGUCAUUGACGUGCAUUACUACAAUCUCUUUUCGGAUAAGUUCUCCAACAUGAAUGUUCAGCAGAACAUCGAUUAUAUUAAAAGACAAAGAGCUUCUGAUCUUAAUUCUCUCACCUCGUCUAAUGGACCCCUCAUAUUUGUUGGGGAGUGGAGUGGUGACUGGAAAGUUCAGAAAGCAUCAAAGGAAGAUUACCAAAAAUUUGCGAAGGUGCAAGUGGAUGUAUAUUCUGGUGCCACAUUUGGAUGGGCUUAUUGGGCGUACGUAUGUGACUCUAACUACUGGAGCCUCAAGUGGAUGAUUCAAAACAAUUAUGUUAGCCUUAAUUAGUUGUCCCUAAGCUCUAAGAGAGUAAUGGGUAUUUUUUAUUUUCGAUGUCAAUUCAAAUUGCAAGUGUAAUUUACAAAAUUAAGAUAAACCUACUACUGAUAUAUAUAUAGCCUGUACUUGAAAAAUAAAGGCAAAAAAUGUCGUUGUACACUGCUUACAAAGUUCACUGUCCCUGUUAGUAAUUCAAUGAAUGAUGCUGCAACUUUUGCUUCUUUGCUUUACCUUAAAUUAGUAAAAUAC